AUGAAGUCCACUCUGGACGAUUACAAGAGAGUUAAUCACAUCACGGGUCAACCAAACUUCAACACUCCCCCAGAACUUCCCAAUAAGGGAUCAAUGAAUUUGCUUAUCUGGAACUGCCGGGGGGUCGGCAAAAACACCUUCAAGAGAAACAUGCGGGAUCUCAUCCGAAAUCACAAACCUUAUAUGAUAAUUCUCAUGGAAACCAAAGUCACAUUUAGUUCUAUGGGCACGUUCUUCAACAACUUGGGCUUCACUGCCUCGUCUAAUGUUGAUCUGAAUGGUAGAGCUGGAGGAAUUUGGCUCUUAUGGGAGCCCUCACAGGUCAGUAUUAUUGUAUUUGAAGCCAACCACCAAGUAAUACAUGCCACAAUCAAUAGAGUGGAUUACGAGGAAUGGGUUCCUUCAACCGUGUAUGCUAGUCCUAAUCCCAGAAAUAGAGAUGCUCUAUGGGAAGGCAUUGAAGCUAUCUCUGAAGACAUUCAAAGCCCAUGGCUAGUGGCAGUUGACUUUAAUGAUUUUGCUAAUCAAGGGGAAAGAAGAAGUUUCAUCCCGAACACUAAUACAAGUAGGAAUUCGAAAUUUCUUGAAAAACUCAGCAACUUCAACCUCAUGGGCAUGGGCUGUUCCGGUCCAAAACUCACUUGGACCAAUAACCGUCAAGGAUUAGCCAAUACCAAAGAAAAACUUGAUCGCGCUCUUUUCAACACUCAAUGGAUGAACGCAUUCCCUGAAAGUUGUGUCUGGAAUCUUCCCCAAACAUACUCAAACCAUGCUUCGUUGGUGGUCUACAUUUAA